GGUAGGUAUUUGCUUGCGUAUGUAGGUACCUACCUACCUGUGUUUGUUGAUAAAGUUAAUUUAUUAAGUUUAGGUAUUGAUUGUCUUUACUUUAUUGUAAAAGUAAUAAAAACGUUAACAAUGUCGAUGUUCCGCUCAUAUAGAGAUGUGGAGAGAGCUCCCAGCAAGAUCAAUCAUAAACAUUUUGCAGCCAUUUCAUACAACUGUGAUAUAUGCGCGGAAGGCGGAUGGAUAAGUGAAACUGAGAUUGAAAUUCACAAGAAAACAAAACAUUUAUCACACAUUACCGAUAUAAUUAAGGACAAAAAGAAAUUUCCAUGUACGGUUUGUGCAAAAGCUCAUCCAAACAAAGAAGCUCUGUAUCAACACAUCAAAAGCACGCAUUUACUCAGCUCAAACAAUGCUGAACGAAUUGAACGCGAGAUAUUUAUUUGCGAUCACUGCUGCCGUCUGUUCUUCAACAAAUCAUUACUUGAAGUGCACAUGGUAAGGAAGCAUCCGCGAAAGGUGAGCGAAAACUGGAAAGUUAAAUGUCCGAAAUGCUACAAAAUGCUGAAGCGGACUUCAUUGUGGGGCCAUCUGGAACACCAUCACAUAUCGAGCGUCGCAACUUGUCCGAUUUGCUUGGAGAAAUGUAUGAAUCGGACGGAUUUGUGUAACCAUUUAAAGAAGCACCGUAAAUACUAUGACUGCGGCGUCUGUCAGUUUUCAACAAGAGUCGAGGACACUUUCCGCAAGCAUUUGAAGAGUCACCGAGACAGUGCCAGCAGCAUUGAUGUUAAAUUGGACAAAUACUUUGUGCCGAAGUAUAAAACGAAUAUUGUUACAAUAUAUUCCACACCAAGUGUUAUGAAAGGGUUCAGUUUAAUGAAUAACUUACAUAUUUGUAUCAUAUGCCGACAUCUAUGUGUCAAUAAAGCAGAAAUGAAGUACCAUUUGGCUUAUGACCAUACAACUAUUAAAGAGGAGGCCCGGAAGGAGUACAAAUGUAGGUGUGGAGAGGUGUUUUUCAAUAAAAUAUUACUAAAACAACAUGUUUUUAAAGAGAAAGUAGGACAUUGUUAUGUGGAAGAGAGAAAUGAAGAGGAAGAAAUGGAGACCACAAUAGCAAAGCCUAUAGACGAGCAAGAGUCGGAGUCAGAUUCCGAUGAGACCAUAUCAGUAAUCACUGUUGACCCUCUAUCCGUUAUCUGAGGCCGGAUGUCUUCAUUAGCCACAUAAUGACCCACUGUCAAUUAGUUAUAGAACAUAUGAGCUCUGGUUUCUUCCUCAGCACAAAGCUACGGAGCCCCGUACUAGUUACUAGCGAUCCUGUCUCUGUUGUUCUGAACACAGGUUUCUUCCUUAGACAUAUAGCAUUGAGGCUAAGGGUCCACUGGUUACUAUAGAGAGGCAACCUCUUAGCUGAGCGCAUUUCCGGUUACUUCCGCAGCCAUAAAGCGACGAAGACUUCACUUCCAUUUGUGAAAUAUAUUAGUAUAUUAAAAUUAUUUGUGUGAGUGAGAUAGAGUGACUUUCGCCUCUAGUUUAAAUAGUUCCAUGUAUAUAUAGUUUCGAUAGAAAUUAAUAUAUCAGGACAAAUCACACAGAUUGAGCUA